CAUUGGAAGUGCAAAGCUCAGCAUCUUCAGACUCAUCCUCUCAUGGUCCAUGACGACAACUGCAGUCAUGAAUGUAGGUAUCUGUGUGUGUGUCCUCCUGGCUGCUGCGUCCAGCAGUUCGCUGAGUCUGCCCUCACACUCCAUGUCAGAGGCUCUCCUGACAGACAGCCUGCCUCCCCCCUCACCCAACCACACGCGCCAUACCCGCUCAGCCCCUGCGCCCCCCUCAGGGCAGCUAGCCAACUACAACCAGCCCCAGGGGGACGCUCGAAACAGCCUGAGCCAGCUACUGGCCAGAAUCAUCUCCAGGAAGGGCUCUCCCUACCAGACCAGAUCCUCUAUCACCAGCAGAGCCAGUGGUCUAGCCCCCGGCCACAGGAUAAAGGACAGAGAUUACCUCGGCUGGAUGGACUUUGGACGACGCAGUGCAGAGGAGUAUGAAUACUCCUCCUAAAGGCAUAGCUUGAUUUUUUGCAAAACCUGAGUUAUAACCCCCAACACCGCCACUAAAAGCCCCGAAAAUAAAAAGCCCUUUUCACACUGCACUUACUGUAACCAAGGGCUGACUCGACUGGAUCCUAGAAUGAGUUUAGAUUCGUUAUAUAUAUGCAGAGAGGAGAAAACAUUCGCUAAAGGGCAUUUCCUGCAACCUGUGGUAGACCCCGAAUCUCUAUGCUCUAAAGUUUCAAGCACUUUCUAAACCGUUCCCCAGAGUAUGUCAGAAUAAUAUUUAAGGACAAUUUUAAAGGGUAAGGCUGAAAAAAAAGUCUAUAUUGUUGUUACUGUUGCAAAAUUCUAUGAAAAAAAUCAAAACCAACAGUGUGUUAGUCCAUCUCUCAGUACUUUCUGACUCUCCUACCCUGUCUGUGGCUCUAAGCCUCAACCCCACCUGUUCCUGCUGAAGACACAAAUCAUUAAAAACAACUAAGAAAUAGUUUAGUAUUUAGUAGUAUUUAGUUAGCAAACAUUAUUCAAAUAGGAGGAAUUGGUGAACUAGAGUGUGUGUGUGUUCAUGGUACUGAAGGAACAUGUCAACCAGUUCAACAGUGCAGCUCAUCGAUGGGUUUGAGAGAGUUCUAUGGCACAAAGGAAUAAGGCUUUGGCUACACAGGUAAUAGAUGUUAAACGUUCAAUAAAUUGUUGGUUUUGAUGUUUUCAUGAAAUUUGUUGACAAUAAGAAAAAUAUAAGCCACCAGACCUAUCUGCAAAGACCAACAGUAGUCAAAUACAAAGUAAACUUCUCUUUUACUGGUGUUAACAGCUCAACAGACUUUUGCUUUUAGUUCUAGCACAACACUGAGCAAUAUCAUGUUUUUUCAAUAAUUUCAAUAGACAUUUGGAAGAGAAAACACUGACUAUCAAGCUAGAUAGAAUAGAGUAACCUGCUCCUUUAAAUAUACAUUUCAGCCUCAUUCCACUGAGAACCUAGUGUCUAACACUCAAAUUUAGAUCACUUAAAGUAGUUUUAAAGUGUCUCAGUUCACUGACAAUUGAGAAUGUAUUGAAGGGUUUAUAUCGGGCUUUAGUGAGCCACUAAAGUGUCUUUGGCAAAUUGAACCAAAAGUGGGAUUUAAGUCUGUAUCUUUGAUUGGUACCUUAAUGCACUCAGCUAACUGCAGCCCAGAGCUUCUAUUUAACUUCAACUUUAUACAAGUGUACGGUUAAAAAAAAGUAUUUUCAUACCGUCUGUAACUAAAGAAAACAGUGUGAUAGAACAUUAAAAUCUAGCAGAGGUUAAUAUUACAGUACUUGUAUGGAGUCAGGAAGAACAUCUCGGGAUUGGGAAAAAAGGGCCUAAAACAGCACCAACUUUUCACCUCCACCCCUGCCUGCUGAAGGUAACCCUGGGAUUAAAGUGUGCAGUGUGAAAAAGCACAAGAUAGGUUUUAGAAAGCACAAGGUGUUGUCUUCUGUAUAUGAGAUUCUUGGGGGUCUCCCAAUCAUUGCAUAAUGGACCUCGGUGGCAGAUCAGGAUCAGGUCAUGAUUACAUGUACUGUAGAUAUGGAUAGAAGAGUGUUUUUGUUCUUUUUGAAAGAUUAUUAUAUAUGUAUGUAUGCAGUCUUAAAGGUUAAGUCUCGUGGAAUAAAUAUGUUUCUACCAACUUUCAGAUUCAAUGAAAUUGAAAAUAAAGCUCAAUUUUCCUCUCAUGUCAGCAAGAAAUGCAAAUGCAUUUAUUUGGGAUUAUGAUGUUAUGUUUCAAGGACACAUGGCGGGCUGAUCCCAACCAUUUCAAGUUGCCGCUGCCAGCAUUAUUAUUAGGCGCAGAAGCAGGCCAUUAUUUGCCACACAGCUGAACAUAACCUGAACGCACCCAUUUUAGAGAAAAUGUCAUAAACUCAAGAUUUUAGUUUGAAAAUAAACCUCUCCAGAAUAAA